CGCAAUGGGAUGGGGCUUCUGUCGAAUCUACUGCGACCAAUGAACGCGCCGCUGUCACAUCUGUUAAGCGCUUCUGACCAAUAGACAGCAGCGCGAGGCGGAUCUCAGGUGCGCGCCUCUGCGUCCUCGCGGCUCUGGCGCGCUGGGGAGCCGCCUGUGGCACAGAGUAGCUGUGGAAACUAUGGCGACCGCGGCGUCCAACCACUACAGCAUCCUCACGUCCAACUCGGAGCCCGGCAGCAUGCAGCAGACGCCGCCGCCGCCGGCCUACAGGGACGCGCACAGCCUUCUGCAGAGCGAGUACACCACACUGCAGAGCAGCGGGAGCACGCUCGGCCACGCGCACCAGUGGCUGACGGCGGCGCUGUCUCACGGGGGAGAGGGGUCGCCAUGGCCCGCCAGCCCGCUGGGCGAGCAGGACAUUAAGCCGGUGGAGGAGCUGCAGCAUUCGCCGAGACAGGCGCAUCUGGUGCAGCAAAGCCAGCAGCAUCACGAGGCGGGCGCUUGGCGCGCGACCACUAUGCCGAGCAUGAGCACCUCCAACGGGCAGAGCUUGAUCUACUCUCAGUCCGGGUACGGCGAACCGGGGAUGCACCACGAGGACCACCACAGCCCGCAUCUGAGCGAGCACGGCCACCCGCAGAGCCUGCACUCGGACGAGGACACGCCGACCUCGGACGACCUGGAGCAGUUCGCCAAGCAGUUCAAGCAGCGCCGGAUCAAGCUGGGGUUUACGCAGGCGGACGUGGGGCUCGCGCUGGGCACCCUUUACGGCAAUGUCUUCUCCCAGACCACCAUCUGCAGGUUCGAGGCGCUCCAGCUGAGCUUCAAAAACAUGUGCAAACUCAAGCCCCUGCUGAACAAAUGGCUGGAGGAGGCGGACUCCACCUCAGGAAGCCCGACCAGCCUGGAUAAGAUUGCUGCGCAGGGGAGGAAGAGGAAAAAGCGGACCUCCAUCGAGGUGAGUGUCAAAGGGGCCCUGGAGAGCCAUUUCCUCAAGUGCCCGAAACCCGGUGCGUCGGAGAUCACUUCGCUGGCGGAUAGCCUGCAGCUGGAGAAGGAGGUUGUGCGGGUCUGGUUUUGCAACCGGCGGCAGAAGGAGAAGCGAAUGACGCCCCAAAACGGACCGAUGGCCGGGAACGAGGAUGUGUACGGGGACGCCUCGCCUCACCACGGCGCGCAGACACCUGUUCCGUGAGAAAGGGGCGGCCUGAACAUAAUCGACUGUCUCUUUGUCCCGGUCACAAGCCCGCUCGGGGCGGACCGACGGUGAUGAAGUGUCUCUGUGUGUGGCACCUCCAAGGGCGCGGAGCGCGCGUGGUUGCGCGAACAAUUUACCGGCACGGGCGCGAGAAAACACGCUCUGAGUCGUUACGCGCAGCGGCUGAACCUAAAGAGGGAACGUAAAUAUUAUUUUAUUUAAGAUUUCUUUUCAAGUCCGGGGAUCUGUGAAAGCAUCAUAUCACUUCCAACCGAAAGCUGUGAAAAAGGCGUCGGGGGCGCGCCAUCUUCCCCUCAUGACCAGAAAAGGUUUAUUACGGAUUGAAAUUAAUCUGCUGCAGUCUACUGUGCAUUCUCUUACACAUACUAAUGGCAAAUGCUUCAUUAUUAUUAUUAUCAUUAUUAUUUCCGUCACGAUCACAAAAUGUUUAAUACUCAUUAAGAUUGUGUCUGCUUUUUAUUGGCCUUUAUGCCAAUAAAUAACCAAAUAAUAAUUAUUAUUAUUAUAAACGAAAUAUAUCUAAAUUAUUUAAAUAAAUAAAAAACCUAACAUGCACAAUUAACAACAAAAGCAACAAUAAUAAUAUUUAUUAUUAUACUUAACAUUAUGUGGCUAUAUGUUAACUUAUCUGAAAGUAUCACUGUUAAAUGCAAACGUGAUCAGUUCUUUAAAAGUCUCAUUUCGGUCACAACAAAGGCUGCCAAGUGCCGCUGUGUGUCGUUCACAGGCAAAGCAGGCCGAUUUCAUGCAGAUCACGGAUUCACUCUGCUGGUGCAAAACAGAGGCCUGAGGAAAACAGUAAAACCUAGAAGCGCACAGUGCUUUGGACCAUAUCGAAAUUUCUAUUUCUAUAAAUAAAAUUCAGUGAUACCAGCUCUUCAUAAGUAACCAACCAAUU